AGGUUGGGCAUGAGUAUUGGUCCGCGAAGACGCACGCGCGUCGCAAACAGUGAGUCAGUGCAGCCAGUCGGUCGCAGCACUCGCUCGGGAAAACGUUCCUCGCCAUUUCGCUCGCUUUGUUUUAAUAAUUGUAUCAUACGACGAGAAGAAGGUGCCGCCAUGUCGCACUCGGUGACCAUCACACGAACCACCACCACCACUAACGGCGGCUCCGCGCUGUUCGUCAACACCGGCUACCUGCGGACGCUGCCCGGCCUGCUGAAGCUCGCUGAACUGGCACUUGGAGUGGCAUGUGUUGGCGUCAUUGGAUACUACCAUGACACCAAGGGUUACGUGCUGCAGGCUCCUGAGCUUUUCUUCUUUCUGAUGGCUGUCACGUUCAUGAUCGGCACCUUUUGUCUUCUCACGGCAUGCCUAGUCUCCCUGUCUACGGCUUCUCUUAUAUCAAAGACAAUCUACGAGGUGAUAUACCACGGGUUGGCCUGUAUCCUUUACUUAGCAGCAAGCCUCACGUUACUGAUAGAAGUCAAUCGUCACAAAAAUGCCUACGGUUAUAGAAGCUAUUACGAGCCGUAUUUAGCCGCUUCGAUAAUGGGCCUGGUUUUGGCUGCACUGUAUUUGAUCAGCACGUUUUUGGCGAAUCGUUCGUACCGUGGAAUAUAAGUCACAAAGGUAUUGCCUAUUCAGGAUUUUUAUAUAUAAACACCGUAAAAGUGCG